GAGAUAAUUCGCGUUCUGAUAAGUUUCUUCUUAUUUAAAAUCUCGACGAUUCAUGACAACUUUUGAACCGAAUAAGUCCAUCGAUCCCUAUGAAGCUCUUCAACUAAAUCGAGAAGCAGCAACGCCUUCAGCUAUAAAGAAGGCAUACCGCAAAUUAGCCCUUAAAACACAUCCAGAUAAAUUACCGCAAGAUACGUCUGCAACGGCUAGAGAAGAGGCAAAUGCUGCCUUCCAAAAACUGAGCUUUGCUUACGCUAUUUUAAGCGACCCAAAGCGUAAAGAGAGAUACGAUCGCACUGGAAGCAUAGAAGAAAGCGAAUUUGACAGUGACUUUAAUUGGAUUAGUUAUUUCAAAGAACUUUGGACGGGUAUUGUCAGCUCGGAUACUAUCGAAGCACAAAUCAAAAAAUACCAAGGCUCUGAUGAAGAAAAGAGAGAUUUACUUGCAUGUUAUGCAAAAUGGAAAGGCGACAUGAACCAAAUUUUAGCAUAUAUGGAAGGGUCAACAGCUAAAGAUGGGGAGCGCUUUGAAAAGCUCAUUCGUGAAGCAGCAAAGGAAGGACUUGUUAAAGAAAUUUACAAAAAGUUUGAACAGACAACAACAACUAAAGCUCAUAAACAACGACUUAAGAAUGAAUUGAAAGCCCAGGCUGCAUUCGAUAAAAUGUCAAAAAAGGAUGGUUUAAAGAAUUGCAAUAAUAAAACGGAAGACACAGUAAUAGACAGUGCUGGUAAAGGCGACACAUCUGAUGAUCAACUUGCUCGACUCAUUCAUCUACGACAACAAGAUAGACAAGCCAAAAUGAACUCUUUUUUUGAUAAAAUGGAAGCUUCAGCUAAAAAAAGUAACAAAAGGAAGAAACGUACUGGGGAAGAGGACAUCGAUGAAGAAAGCUACGAUUUACCAACCGAAGAAGAAUUCUUAGCAAUACAGAAGAACUUAAUGAAGAGUAAAAAAAGUAGGAAAAAAGCUGGAAAUUGCUGAAAAGAAGACAUUGCAUGAACAGAUAAUCCAAAUUUCCAUUUCAUCAAUUCGAAUUAUUUCAAUUUAGUUCUUAAAAUGCAUAAUGUUAUAAAAGCGUUACUUCAAUUAUGACCAUUAGCG